GGGCCCACCCGUCAUACUCAAUUUGUCCCCACCCGCGCCAUAAACCUCCCCUCCCCACGGCCACCACACUGAGCAUCAACUACCCCCCUUCAAUUCCCCGCGACGUUGCAGCAGCAGAAUCCGCCGCCCCCACGCAUGGAUCGCUCCGCGCGGCGCGCCCGUCGCCGCGGCGGAACCCUAGAGGCGGCGGCGGCGGCGCCGUCAUCCUCCUCCCGCACGCGCCACCGUGACAAGGGGGCGCCGGUUGUCAUCGACCUUGUUGACGACGACGACGACUGCGGCGGCGGGGCGGCGGAUGGUGCUGCGAGCAGGCGAGGAGGUUCGACGGUGGUGCCUCCGCCUCCGCCGACGAUGAUGGUGCCGGCAGGGGCGGUGGCGAUGCGGACGCGAUCGCGGAGGCUGGUGAUGCAGGCGGCGGUGGCGGCGCCGGAGGGGGAGUCGCCGAGAACGAAGAGGAGGAGGAAGGGAGCGAGCGCGGAUGCCACGGAGGCUCCGGGCGCCGGAGGGAGCAAGAGCGCCAGGGCCUCGAGGUCGGCGUCGAGAGGGAAGCGGCGUGGACUCUCGCGACGAAAGCCAGAGCCUGAGAGCAGGGGCCGAGUGCACAAGCGCAAGGGCAAGGAGAUGGAAGUGGAAGCAGAGGUGGGGGCGGCUACUCGUGGAAAACGGGCGGUGUCACGUGUCACUGAAAGUGAUGGAAACGGCGGGCGAGGCGAUGAUGCUUCUCGCGAUGAGAAUGAGUCUUGCACUGGGGGCGCCAAUGGCAUUGAUCAGGGUAACGUGGAUCGUCGCAGAGACACUGGUGGGGAUCAGAUUGAGGAGCAUUGCGCAGACCUGCAGGUCAGUGCUGUGGAUUUGAAUCAUGUGACCAAUGGAGUGGUCUCAUGUGAUGCAGAGGAAGGGGAAGGUGGUGGUGAUGAGGGAUGGAGGCGAGAUGGUGGUAUUAAUGUCGACGAGGGCAUGGGGAACUGUGGGAACAAGGAGCUGGCACCAGUUGCGGAUGUGGUGACUGAGUUGGCAUCCUUUGAAGAUGACUACGACGACGAGAUGCUGGAGGAGCAGCUUGUUGGAGAUGUUAUCCGUGCUUACAGCACUGGUGGAGACUUGGAUCCAGAUAGAGUGGAUUGGGAGGCUGAGGAUGAGAUGGAAUUUGAUGAUGCUGAUGACGGCGAUUCUAUGGAUGACGAUGAUGAAGGUGGCAUGUCUGAAUCGAUGCACGACCGUGCUAAGAUGGAAACGGAAGACUCGGUGGACCAUAAGAUUGUUUUGGGUGGGUUGAGGUGUCAGGAGGAGGAGAAAGCAGAUAUCAAGGAUGAGACGGGGCCAAAGACAGAAGGAGCUCCGGGUUUUGAUCAAGGGAGCUUGCAUAUAGAAAUCCUGGACUCUGACGAUGAAGUCAAGGUGCUCAAUAAUGUGAGUAGUGUCCCCACCAGGAAGGUGCCUGUGCAAGCAAAGUUACCAGUUAUUCCAUCUUGUGUUGCAUGGAGAACUCGAUCAUCAUGGGGGAUUAAGCAAGAUAGGCUAUCGUACAAUACAUAUUUCGAGGCAUUGUCUGAUGAGCCGAAAGAGGAUGAUUAUGAUACAGAAGUGGAACUAGAUGAAGAGGAGAAUGACAGCAAUGAUGAUGAUAGUAGUGAAAGUUAUGCUAAAAAUGAAGAAGAGGAAGAGGAAGAGGAAGAGGAAGAGGAAGAAGAGGCUGAAAGGAGAAAACUCAAGAAUGGGAUUGAUGCAUCUGAUGAUGACAUGAUUGAUAGUACCAUUCCUACCUCAAGAUAUGAUUUUGAGUGGGGGGAGGAUGAAGACCCAGAUGUUGAUAUCUUUCGGUCAAUUACAUUUAAGAAAGAUGGCAGUGGGGACCCUGUGGGCAAUGACACAGUUACUGAGCAACAGAAGCGAUCACGAUUUACUUGGGAGCUUGAGAGGAGGAAAAAGCUUAAGCUUGGGAUAAUGAAGACGCAUCGCUUAUAUGAGCGGGACUUGGACUCAGAUUUAGACUCAUCAGAUUCUGACCAGAUUAGAAGGUAUGGAUUCCGAAGGGAUGGUGAUCAUAAAGUUGGAAAGAAAAAGAAGCAUCCGCCAUCCAAAUCGGGCAAGAAAUCCAGCCGUGCAACCAUGCUAAAGAGGCAGUCUCUUCUGAAGCUUUUGAUAGAUAAAAUGAGUGGCGAUAAAAAUGAAGAAUUUUUAACAUUUGAUCAGAAUCCGCAGCUCGAGUUUACUUUCAAGGAUAUGCAUCCAUUGGUGUUUUCAUUUGGAGAUGAAGAUCCAAUACCAGCUGACAGGCCAGAGAAAGAUGUUUCAUUGGAUAUGUUAUGGGCUGACUUUGACUUUGCUUUAGAGUCAGAGAAUAUUGGAACUUAUUACGAUGACGAGGGUCCAGAAGAGGGCAAUCAGCUAAAUAUUGGUCUUGCUUCAGUAACACCUUGUUCUCGAGGGAAGCAUGAUUUUAUCAUUGAUGAUCAAAUAGGAAUCAGAUGCAAAUAUUGCUCCUUAGUAAAUCUGGAGAUCAGAUUCAUGUUGCCAUCAUUGGUCUCAGGUUCUGCAGAGAAACUUGCAUGGCCAAAUGCCUCUGGUGUGAAGAACGCUUUGAUGUUUCACGAUCUUUAUGAACAAGCAGGCAGUGGGACUGAGCAAUCUCAAGAUUUUCAUCUAUAUGGAACAGUUUGGGAUCUCAUUCCAGGGGUCAUUACUACUAUGUAUGAGCAUCAGCGUGAAGCAUUUGAAUUUAUGUGGACAAAUCUAGUUGGUGAUAUCAGGCUUGAUGAGCUGAAGCAUGGAGCGAAGCCUGAUGUUGUUGGAGGAUGUGUGAUCUGUCAUGCCCCAGGGACGGGAAAGACGCGAUUGGCUAUUGUAUUUAUCCAGACAUAUAUGAAGGUCUUUCCAGACUGCCGGCCAGUGAUUAUUGCACCUCGUGGGAUGCUCUUUGCUUGGGAUGAGGAGUUUAAGAAAUGGAAUGUUGAUGUUCCUUUCCAUAUUAUGAACACGACGGAUUACACUGGAAAAGAGGACCGAGACAUAUGUAGGUUAAUAAAGAAAGAACAUCGGACAGAAAAGUUGACAAGGCUUGUGAAACUGCUUUCAUGGAACAGGGGUCAUGGUAUUCUUGGAAUAAGUUAUGGCCUAUAUACGAAACUAACAUCUGAAAAGUCUGACUGCACAGAAGAGAACAAAGUAAGGAGCAUUCUUCUUGAUAACCCUGGUUUACUUGUUCUUGAUGAAGGUCACACACCUAGGAAUGAGCGUAGCGUGAUGUGGAAGACAUUAGGAAAAGUUAAAACUGAAAAGCGUAUAAUUCUAUCUGGGACUCCUUUCCAGAAUAAUUUUCUUGAGCUUUACAACAUACUCUGUUUGGUAAGGCCCAGGUUUGGUGAAAUGUUUUUGACUAAAGCAAAAGUGGGUCGAAGGCACUAUGUCUCGAAGAAGAAAAGAGAUAAGUUUUCUGAUAAAUAUGAAAAAGGAGUUUGGGCUUCACUUACGAGUAAUGUAACUGAUGAUAAUGCAGAGAAAGUACGAUCAAUAUUGAAACCAUUUGUUCAUAUCCAUAAUGGGAACAUUCUUCGAACUCUUCCAGGGCUUAGAGAGUCUGUGAUUAUUCUGAAACCUCGUCCCCUUCAAAAGAGCAUCAUUAGAAAGGUGGAAAACAUUGGUUCCGGUAAUAACUUUGAACAUGAAUAUGUCAUUUCUUUAGCCUCUACACACCCUUCCCUUGUAACUGCCAUUAACAUGUCUGAUGAGGAAGCUUCACUUAUUGAUAAACCUAUGCUUGAAAGAUUAAGGUCAAAUCCCUAUGAAGGGGUAAAAACAAGAUUUGUAAUGGAAGUUGUUCGUUUGUGCGAAGCACUAAGAGAAAAAGUAUUGAUUUUUAGCCAAUUUAUUCAGCCAUUAGAACUGAUAAAAGAUCAUCUUCGUAAGUUUUUCAAAUGGAGAGAAGGGAAGGAAAUUCUUCAAAUGGAUGGAAAGAUCCUUCCAAGAUAUCGCCAGGCUUCAAUUGAAGCUUUCAACAAUCCAGACAAUGAUUCCCGGGUUUUACUUGCAUCUACAAGAGCCUGCUGUGAAGGGAUUAGCUUGACAGGAGCUUCAAGAGUUGUGCUUCUAGAUGUUGUUUGGAACCCAGCUGUUGGGAGGCAGGCCAUCAGCAGGGCGUUUAGGAUAGGUCAGAAGAAAUUUGUAUAUACAUACAAUUUGAUAACUUAUGGAACAGGCGAAGGUGACAAAUAUGACAGGCAAGCAGAAAAGGAUCACUUGUCCAAGUUGGUCUUCUCUACAGAAGAUGAGUUCAACAAUGUUAGGAACAUGCUAUCAAAAGCUGAAAUGGAGCACUGUUCUAAGUUGAUUUCAGAAGAUAAGGUUUUGGAGGAGAUGACUUCCCAUGACCAACUUAAAGGCAUGUUUUUGAAGAUUCAUUAUCCACCAACCGAGUCAAACAUUGUUUUUACUUACAAUCAAAUUGCUCCCUGAGUUAAGUUGAUGGAUGAUGGCAAUCGUUGGUAUCAGAUUGAUUUAUUCUUACUUUAAGGAUAAACAAUGAUCUGUUUCUUUGAACUUCCUAAACUUGUAUCGCCUAAAAAUAUCUUCAGUGCUCAAGUGCAGAACAUAGCUUAAAGUUGCACAUACGAGGCUAGACAAGUACAGAAGAGCCCCAGAAGGCUGCAUUGUCCUUAUUGCUCAUCGUGUAAUGGAUCUGCAAUUGUAUUAGAAUCCAUCUUGCAGCACAACUUGGAAAGGACUAAAAGCAGAAGUUAAAAUGGGUGGCAGAGCCUCAAUGUAUUGGGGAUGUGCACAAGGUUGUGGGCCUAGCAAUCCUUGUGUCUAUAUCAUAUGUGUCCAAUUUUAUUUAAAUAAAAGGCAGCCUCAAUUUGAGUAAACGGACUAAGUCUCUGUUUGGCA